GGUACAUAUAUUUAGGUUUAGUUGUAUUAGUUGUUAUUAGCACUUGACUGUAGAUUAGUGUUUUGGUUUAAUACUUGGUUGGUAUAUUUAAGUUAGUUGUAUUGAUUGUUAUUAGCCUUUGAAUGUAGGUUAAGUAUGUUUUGUUGAAUGUAACAUGGGUUAAAUUAGUCUUUGAAUGUAGAUGAGUUAUGGAUUAGGGUUUGAAAAUAAUAUUUGGCUAUUUAUUCAUAUUUAUGCUUCGAAUUGUAUGUGAUUUUUGAUAUUGUAAAAUGCAGAAAUGGGAAGAAAUUUUAGAAAGUUCGACCUAUUGAUUCGAUGGAAUGGUCGAGUGACAAGAUUUCAAAAUAGUGCUGAUUAUGAAGGUGGUGAGGCAAGCACUGUCCGGAUUGAGAGCAGAUUUGGUUGGCAUGAUCUCUUUAAUAUUUGUGAGGAACGAUGUUGUAUAGGUAGUCAUCGAAGAGUAUGCAAGAUGGCAUAUCGGAUGCCGGUUUACGACGGAUAUGCAAUGGUGUACGAAGAAUCAAUCUUGUCUGAUGAUGAUGGAAUUAAUAUGCUAUUGGAUUUCGUACAUGAAAACAGAUUUCGAGUUGUCGAGAUGUAUAUCGAGACGGAAGAGGUGGGCGAGUAUUGUGGUGGUGCUAAUACCGAACAUGGUGAAGGUUCUGGUGGAGUUGGAGGUUCAGGUGGCUACAGAGGUUCGGAUGGCAUACCAUGGCCAAGAGAUGAAGCUAAUGUUGCACCUGGUCCAACGGUUGAAGAUGAUGGACAAGAAUGGCCAACAUGGGGUGAAGAAUGGGUCAACAUAGGAUCAUCCGCACAAGGAUCAGUUAGGAAUGAUGAUCAUUGUGGGGAUAAGGCAACUCCUCCCCCCACAAGGGAGGAAACUGACAUGGAAGAUUUGGCAUCUGUGAGUAGUGAAGAUGACGAUGAAGGUGAUGAUGAUGAUGUCUAUGAGGGGGUAUUCGAGUGUAACAUCCCGUUUCGGCUAAAAUCGUAUUACUGUCGCUAGAAAAUUUCACGAUUUAAAAUCGAGCAUUUUGACAGUAUUUCGACAAAAAUUGGAUUAUCGAUCGAUUGGAUAAGUAUACGUAUUAAUUAUAUAUAUAUAUAUAUAUAUAUAUAUAUAUAUAUGGUGGUGUCUUCGGUGCACUCACUUUUUUGGGUGCAUUGAGUGCACUCGCUUCAUAACCGUCAUUUUAAACAUGCGAUUUAUGUCAAAAUGAUGCCAAUCAUCACUUAUGAUGUGAUGAACAAUAACACACAUGAAUUUGCACAAAAACCAUUAAAGAUUUACUUUAAUU